AAAUUAUGCAGGCUAUACAAAUUAUGGUUUUGAAGAAGCAGUUGCAAUAAAUAAAGAAAAUAUAGAAGAAGGUUCAGAAUUAUCUCAGCAAAUUAAAUUGAUUUGUAAAGCUAAAUCAGAUGUAUGA